AUGGUCUGCAAGCGCAAAGGAAUCGGGCUACGCGCCUGCCCGCCCCGGAAACAGCCCCGUUGCGCCGCCCUCAGGGGAAAUGCGGCGGGGACCGGCGCCCCUUCGCCGCCCUCGACCGACCCCGCCGAAUGCCAACAGGUGCUCUUGCCCGAGCAGCACCUCUGCCCUCUGCCCCGCGCCGUAGACUGUGUCAGGGAAGGUUCGCCUAAAGACUCGGCCGCCGAGGAGGGGAAGGAGUUAAGCCCGAGUAGCUCUCCCUCGCAGCUGCCGGAGCUCGAGGGGAGAGAGAAGCACGAGACGGGCGAGCCCUACUGCGAGGAGCCCCCCGAGAACCCUGAGGACUGUUGCCAAGAGUCGCAGGCCCCGGUGCCGGAUAUUAACCAGCUGCCUCCCUCCAUACUUCUCAAGAUAUUUUCCAAUUUAUCUUUGAAUGAGCGAUGUCUUUCAGCAUCAUUGGUUUGUAAAUACUGGCGUGACCUCUGUUUAGAUUUCCAAUUUUGGAAACAAUUGGAUCUCAGUAGUCGUCAGCAGGUCACUGAUGAAUUACUGGAAAGAAUUGCAUCACGAAGCCAGAAUAUAACUGAAAUCAACAUUUCUGAUUGUCGUAAUGUGACAGAUACUGGUGUAUGUAUGCUAGCAUCUAAGUGUCCCGGACUUCUAAAAUAUACUGCAUAUCGGUGUAAACAGCUGUCUGAUACAUCUCUAUCUGCUGUUGCCUCACAAUGUCCUCAGCUUCAGAAAAUUCAUGUUGGCAACCAAGAUCGUCUUACUGAUGAAGGACUUAAGCAGUUGGGCUCAGAAUGCAGAGAAUUGAAAGACAUUCACUUUGGGCAGUGUUACAAGAUCUCAGAUGAAGGAAUGACCAUUAUAGCUAAAGGGUGCCUGAAGUUACGGAGAAUAUACAUGCAGGAAAACAAAUUAGUAACUGAUCAGUCUGUUAAAGCAUUUGCUGAACAUUGUCCUGAGUUACAGUAUGUUGGGUUUAUGGGCUGUUCUGUUACAUCUAAAGGAGUGAUACAUCUUACCAAUCUAAGAAACCUUUCCAGCUUGGACUUACGUCAUAUCACAGAACUGGAUAAUGAAACUGUGAUGGAGAUAGUAAAAAAAUGCAGAAACCUUACCUCUCUUAAUCUGUGUCUGAAUUGGAUCAUAAAUGACAGAUGUGUGGAGGUCAUUGCUAAAGAAGGACAGAAUUUGAAAGAACUUUAUUUGGUAUCAUGUAAGAUCACAGAUUAUGCACUGAUAGCCAUUGGAAGAUACAGUAUGACAAUAGAGACAGUUGAUGUUGGAUGGUGCAAAGAAAUUACAGAUCAGGGAGCCACCCAGAUUGCUCAGACUAGUAAAUCACUUCGAUACUUGGGACUGAUGAGAUGUGAUAAGGUGAGUGAAGUGACUGUGGAACAACUGGUACAGCAACACCCACAUAUCACCUUCAGUACAGUGCUACAAGAUUGCAAGCGGACCUUGGAACGGGCAUACCAGAUGGGUUGGAUACCCAGUAUGUCCAGUGCCUCUUAACUCAUGCUAUGGCAUUAAAAAAAGAGAUUUAAACUGAACAAUUGAAAAUGGUUAAGGAUUUUUAAUUAAUAUUUCUUGCUUUUUAUUAAAUAUAUGUUUGGUGUAUGUAUAUGCAAGAGAGAGAGCAUGAGUGUAUGGCAAAUGUCUAUUCAGUCUUUUAAUGGAAAUAUUUGAAGAAAAAUAUGGUCAGAUAUAAUUAAUUUUUCUGAAAUGUUUAUUUGUCAAUUUAAAAUCUGCAAAUCAGUAAGAUUUUGCAGAAAGCUUGCCCUUUUUUGUAAAUUGAAUGUUUACAUAAACUAGAAUACUGUUUGGAUGUUUUUUCAAGGUAUAUGUUCAUGAUAGAAACAAUUUUUUUAGAGAUGCAUUAUAAGAUUUUUUGUUUGUUUGUUUCUUAAAAGCUUUGGGUUUUAACUUCUCAAGUGGGUUUCUUCUAGCUCUAAGGUUAGUUUCAGCAGUGUUAUAUGUUGUAAUGACUUCUUGUUUCAUGCUAUUUCUUUAUUAUUAAUAGUUCAUAGUUCUUUUUAAAUUGUAAAUUGCAACUUCUUUCCCAAACUCCCCUUAAAUUAGAAGUAAUAGAUAAUCCUAAAUUAGAUUAUCAAAAUAUUGCUAACCUCUUGUGCAUUUUUGAAAUGCACAUUUAUGAAAAUCUACAAAGGUACAAAAAUAUAACAUUUUUAUGAUAAAAUUUAUUUUGAAUGGAAUCUUUAAUAAAUGCUGGACCUAAGCAUAAUGGCAAUUUAAGCAGACUAUCUGUCUGGUCUCUUGGUUCUACAAAAAUAAUAUUUUUCAGUUGCUUGUGAGUGUAUGUAUUUAAGUGUAUAUUUCUUGAUUACAUUUUUACAUCUUUACACUUUCCAGUUUUGUACAUCUUCAUUUUAAUGUUAAGCACUUUUUAUUAUUUAGAUCUGUGAAAAGUAGUGUAUCUAAGGAUUCAGGAUUUCUCUGUGUGUAAAGAAACUCAGACUUGCAUUUCCUGUAUGCUUCUGCAGCAUCUCAGGGGAGAAGGAAAGAAACAUCUGCCUCCACUUAUAACUUCCUGUUAUAUCUAAAUCUGGAGUAUUGUAGUUAAUUGAAAGUAUGGUUAAUUCAAACAAGUCAGAAUCAAACUAUUGUAUCUGUUUCUAGCCUAUUUCUUUAAAUAUAAUUUAAACAUAGGUAUUUGGAGAUGUAUUUUUCCCCCAAAAAAUGUUCAUAGUUUAUUUCAAACUAGAAAUGUAUUGUUUUGUUCUCUUUCUAUGAUGCCCAACUGCUCUGUGAUUUAAAUCUGAUGUUCAUAAUGCAUUUUUAUAAAGCAUUUUCUCAUCCAUGCCAAUAUGGUAACUUUUUCAAAAUACAUGGAAAUUCCUGUAGGACAUAUACAAAUCUAUUCAUGGGCCUUGGUUUUGAGUAAAAAUGUUUGCAUGUGUUAACUACUUAUCCAAACAAAUUAGGCCAUGCUCAUAAAUAUCUUUAUGCUGUCAUUCACUCAGGUUUACAUCUAUAAUGACAAGUUAUAAUGAGAUAUGUAAUCUCAGAUGGAAUCUUAACAACUUUAAAAAAUGACAGCAUAUAAAACUACUUGCUCAAAAUAAUCUUUGUAUGACCGUGUAUUUGCAUUCAUGUUAACCAUAAAGCAUCAUACUGAUGUAAAUCAUCCCUUAGUAAGAGGUUUAUUAUCCCACCAUGUUAUAUAAUCCUAGGAAUAAAUUUUAUGGAAUUCAGUCUGGCCAGAUGUGUAUAGAAUGACAUUGUUAUUCUUCAUUCAACAUAGAAUAUCAAAUGCUGCAGUAAGGUAAAGAGAAGAUUUUGGUAACAUUAAAUACUUGGUACUGAC